AUGCUGUCCAUGACGGUCCGGGACCACGCUCUGCCCUUUCUCGUUGACACAGGGGCUACCAGAUCUACGGUUAAUCAGGACAUUGGGCCUCUGUCUGGACGGACGAUGAGCGUGGUGGGUUUCUCUGGGGUAAGUCAGAUUCUGUCAUUUACCAUCCCCCUCCCCACACACGUAGCGGGACAGAAAUUACAACACCCCUAUCUAGUGUCUCCCAGUGUUCCAGUCAAUCUCCUGGGUAGGGACCUACUCUCGAGACUCAAUGCACAGAUCCUCUGCGGUCAGCAGGGCCUCACUGUCACGUUCCCGGAUGGGACUGAAGUUCUAUGUGCACAAGGGAUUGGGGACACACACCAGUACCUCCUCAGAGACACUGAACCUAGAUUUGCAGGCAUUUUCUGGGCCCUGUUGGAGCCAUCACAAACUGGGCUCUACUCAUGUUAUCUCCAUUGGAAACCCUGGAUCCUCAGCGUCCACCCCUACGUGGCUCCACCUGACCCGCUCCAUCUGACUCUGUUCUACGACCGGGAGGGUAAUGAAUGUUACCUAGAGGAAUUCCAAAAUCAGCUAGAAGGUAAGACCUGGCAGCUACAUUCUGGUGACAUUUUGGUGGGACAACAGGGGGUUGCGGCAAUGGUUAAUCUCACAAGAGAGCAACAGUCCUGGUAUAAUAUGUCUGAGACUGCUUUCCCCCACAUUUCACUGGCUCUCCAUCCGGGACAUGAGGCUCGCGAAUUGGGCCCCAUGGUCAAAGCAGCAGUCUUAGCCUCAGACUGGUCUUCCUCCGGCCUGCCUGGCGUGCUCCGCUCUCCGUCCCUGAAAAUGUUCAGAAUUGUGAGUACUACCACUGACUCUGCUUUAUGCACACAUGAACUCAUACCUAGAGACCAUGGUAGAGAAAAAUCUGAUCAUCCAAAAGCACAGGAGCUUAUCUCCUCCCUCCCAGUCUCAUUGUGGGCCGAGGGUCCAACCGAUGUCGGAUUGAUCCACUGUAAACCUAUCUCAUUCCAGCUGAAUACUGACUCUCCGGUCUGGGUGCCACAGUACCCUCACAAAAGAGAGGCAGAAUUGGGCAUUCAGGACACCAUAGAAGGCCUGUUAGACUCUGGUGUCCUCGAACCCUCCAACUCCUGCUGGAACACACCCAUUCUACCGAUUGAAAAGAAGGGCACCGGUCAGUACCGUAUGGCCCAUGACCUCAGAGCCAUCAAUCAGAUUCUAGGGACCAAUACGGUCCCGGUGCCAAACCCAUAUGUUGCUCUGAACAAUCUGUCUCCCGAACAAGCAUGGUUCACAUGUAUUGAUCUUGCUAACGCUUUUUUCUGUCUCCCUUUACAUGAGAACGUUCGGGACAUCUUCUCGUUCACCUACCAACGUCGCAGACUCCGUUACACCCGCCUCCCACAGGGAUUCGCCCUCUCCCCUGGCAUCUUUAACCAGGUUCUGAAAGAGAGUUUGGCUGACCUGCAGCUGCCCGAUGGCACCACAGUGAUUCAAUAUGUCGACGACCUGCUCAUUGCGUCAACCACAGCCGAGUCCUGCCUGCAGGCCACACGGGCCCUGCUCCUACUCCUGGCCCGCCACGGGUUCAAGGUCAGUCAACCUAAGUUGCAAAUCGCGCGGAAACAAGUUUCUUUCCUCGGCAGACUACUGUCACAAAAGGGGGCCUCAUUGUCCCCCGCCCACCGCACAUCCAUUCUGCACCACACCAAGCCUGACACUGUCAAAGCUAUGCUGUCGUUUCUCGGUCUGGUGGGUUACAGCAGGCAGUACAUACCUGAUUUUUCCACUCUCACAUCUCCGCUGAGAGCCAUGGUCACCUCUGCAGGUAUGAGAAAUCUGAAUGCGAAGCUGACAUGGUCCCGCAACUCGGAAGAAGCUUUUAUCAAACUCAAACAAGAACUCGCUGCGUCCGCCGAAUUGGCCCUCCCCGACUACGCGCGCCCGUUCUUUUUGGAUGUUUCUGAAACAGAAUCUGUUGCUAACGGUAUUCUGUUCCAGAAAAAAGGGGGAGAGAGAACGGUACUGAUGUAUCUCAGUGUCAUCCUUGACCCCACAGAAAAACGUCAACCAACGUGCACAAGACAUGCUGCAGGUGUUGCCAAACUCAUCAACAAAAGCGCACACAUAGUUAUGGGACACACACUUCACAUCUUGACAUCACACAGCGUUGUAGCUUAUGUGAACUCGCAAACUUUUACGAUGUCCUCCACAAGACAGCAAAAACUCGCUCGCAUUCUCGAAGCCCCAAACUUGCUAUUCACUCAUGAAGGUGUUAACAUGGCUGAGCGUUUGGGGGAAGGUGUGUUGCAUGAGUGUGCCCACAGGGUUGAAAAAGAAGAAAAAGCCAGAGAAGACCUCCAGUCGGAGCCCAUCCCAGGGGCCAGAAACCUAUACACAGACGGAUGCUGCUACAGAGAUGAGAAGGAGGGACUCAGAGCAGGAUUCUCGGUGAUAGAAGAAACACCAGACGGACUCAAGACGGUAACAGCACAAAAGCUCAAUGGACCACAGUCAGCCCAGAGAGCAGAAGUCGUGGCAGUGAUUGAAGCCCUGAAAGCAGGUAAAGACCAAGACAUUAACAUUUACACUGACUCAGCCUAUGCAGUACACGCAGCACAAGUAGACCUAGGACAAUGGAUGAGAGCGGGCUACCUAACUGCAAAACAAGAACCCAUUAAACACAUGGAUGAAAUGAAAGAGCUUGCAAAAGCACUGUGGUUUCCCCAGAAGGUAGCCAUCAUCAAAUGCAAAGGACACGACAACAGCGGAUCCAGAGUUGCCAUGGGCAACCAAGCAGCGGACUCCGCAGCCAAAGCAGCCGCAGGAUAUCAUGAGAAGCUCCUGUUGGUAAGACCAGACACAGAGACACAAAUGACAAAACUGUCCCUUACAGAAAUCUCAAAAGAACAGGACCUAGCCUCACCUGAAGAGAAGACAGUGUGGAAACUCAGAGGCGCAGUCCUAUCGGAAGGGACCUGGAGAUCCCCAGAUGGAAGGUUGGUUCUGCCACCUGGGCUCAAAGACAGUAUCUUCUCAGAAGCACAUGGAGUUGGCCAUGCAGGCAUCUCCCAGAUGAAAGUGGACCUCAAAGAAUGGUGGCACCCCUUCCUACAUGACAUGCUAAAGGAGUGGGUAAGACACUGCACUGUUUGUACACACCACAACACCAGACCUACAUACAAACCCGGGGUGGGUAAGUUCCAACUAAAAACACGUCCAGGGAAAGAAAUCAUCAUUGAUUUUACAGAUAUGGUUAACUCAGUCCGAGGGUACAGGUAUGUUUUGAUGUGUGUUGAUGCAUUUACAGGAUGGCCAGAAGCAUGGCCAGUGAGAAGAGAGGACAGCAAAUCAGUAGUUAAGUGUCUCAUCAACCAUUACAUCCCACAGCAUGGCUUCCCAGAAAAGAUCAGGUCGGACAAUGGGUCACACUUCAAGAACCAGGACCUCCAGUACGUGGAGGCCAUGUUGGGACUUAAACAUGGUUUUGGGUCCGUGUACCAUCCUCAAUCUCAGGGUAAGGUUGAGAGGAUGAACCAGACAGUCAAGAACAGGCUGUCAAAGAUUUGUGCCCACACAGGGCUGAACUGGGUGGAUGCUCUACCGCUCGCCCUCAUGUCCAUCCGAUCCUCAGUAAACAGGACAACUGGACACACCCCAUUCGAGCUCGAACGUGGUCGACCUUUUCCAGGGCCAGAGCGAGCCCUGCAAAACACUGACCCUCCUCCCUCUCACAUGCACCAGAAAGAUUAUUAUGUACAACUGCAAUCUGUUCUCUCUGAAUUUGCUAAGCAGGUGCGAGACAGCAAAGACGGCACCAAAGACGGUGACCUACCCAUCACUGACUGGGUCCUCCUUCGGGUCAUCAAGAGAAAGUGGAGCGAGCCUAGGUGGACAGGACCAUUUCAGGUGACCGAGAGAACCUCCCACGCAGUCCGGCUGGACGGGAAAGGUGACACCUGGUUCCACCUCACUCAGUGCGCCCCAGCUGUAACACCUCAACGCUCCCUGAAGGAAGUGCGGCAGGAUCUUGCAGCAGCUGCAGCAGGAAACCAAACCAAAGAGCCACACACCUCCAGAAAAGACACAGGGCAGAAUAAUCCCUGCAACGAAAAAGGCACAGGGUAG